UGUGGUGUCAAUCGAAGCUUUCCAAAGACAGACUGCACGAUUUUUUUACUAAACAAUUGCCUAAUGGAGCAAAUAGUCAAUCAAUCGACAAUCUGGAGACGGAGUUGGAGGAGGACGAACUGGUGCUUGAAGAAGAUGGAAACAAUGAAAAGGAGGACAACAACCCGGUGGUUUUCCCGGUGGUUAGCACACUGAUCACUGAAAAGAUGGUGACAUUUCAUGUUUUCAGAGAUCUAAUGGUUGCGUUAUGGCGCCUUGGUAGGGGAGUUCCGAUCAAAGAAAUUGGUGAUCGAAAGGUUUCAUAAAAUUGGAUGACAAUGAGUUUAAAGGCAAAGUGGACAAAUGCCGAUUUGCAUGGGUAUCAGAAUCUGUUUAGAUGUUGGCAAACUCCUAAAAGCGGGUACAUCAAUUAGAAAAGGAAAUGGGAGAGCUAUUGUGUGGAUCUCAACUUUUCAAGUGCGAAAAGUUUCCCUAAUUUUUAAUUUGUAUGUGGAGUAAUUGGUCAUUAGAUAAGCUCCGCCUUUUGGAAUAUGAGAGAGGAGGCAAGGUCUAUAUAAAGCUUUUAAAAUGUGUCUUAAAGCGGAAGCCGGAAGGUGAAAAAAUGUGUCCCACAAUGGACAAUAGAUGGCUUGUCCAAGAAGGGGGCUUCAGUGACAAGAGCGAGCAAACUGCCACCUGCAUAUAGACAGAGUUAGCAGCAUGGGAAAUUUGGACGAAUGGAGGAAGGGGCUCAGGUUUGGCUGGUGAUGGUAACUGAAACCGUGGAGGUCCAGACAGGAGUCACAGAGAUAACCAGUACCGGAAGUCGCCCGAGAGAGCAGAAGAGGGGGGCGUGUGGGAGGAACGGGAGAAAGAGGAUCAAAUGACCGAAGGAAUGACCCUCGAUGAGGCAAAAAACGGGGAAAUGCGGGUGUUGGCUACCAGGCCCGCCUGGGUCUCUGAGAAGGUUGUACCCGAAUGGGUACAGGGUCAGGAUCCUCAUGAUUAUGAGGAGGCAACUUUAUUUAAUUUUUUUAAUCUUUUAUUUCGAACCGAAUGUUAAUUUGAUUGUGUUCUUUUUUCUAUUAGCCAAACUCUAGAGUUUAGGUUGAGUGAUGAAAGGUAUGCCGCGUCCGUCAUUGGCUAAGUUAAAUCCAUUAUAAGAUCAGCGAGUCAUAUUUAUUUUUUAGAGUUGUUUGACUCCAAGUCUGGUUCGAGGACAGACGGUCGGAAGGGGAAGAGUUUUUUUUUUGUGUUUUUUGUAACUUGCAUGAAUUCUGAUUAUUCAAUAUAAGCCACUUUUUUCCAAAAAAAAGUGAAAC